UCUUGCUGCUGCUUUUUAAAAACACAAAAUGUCUGAAGUUAAGCAGAGGAAAAAAGGUAUUUCUUCAUCCAAGACCAGUGAUGGUUCACCAAAGGCUGAGAAGCACACUAAUUGUGGGAAGCUGGCAAGUCCCAAGACCAGCAAUAAUCGGAAUUUCUUUUGGAUAGACUCACGGACAAGCUUGAGCAUAACUUCCCUUGCCUUUUGCCUGGUGCUGACCUGGUUCCUAUUUCAGCAGUCAGGUCAAUUUGCUGAUAUGGAAAAAAAGUACAAUUUCUUACAGCAAGAAGCUGAAAAGUUCCUGGACAUGGAAAAUAAAGUUAACUUAAUUUCUGAAAAGCUUGAGCCUUCUGAAAGUAUCCUACAAGAAGCUGCCGCAUCCAUCUCCACCAUGAUUGCGUUUGAGCAGGGAAUAUCUUCUCUUCACAACAUCAUAAAUGACAUUCAGAACAACGAACAAACUCUCUCUAUAAAGUUGCAUAACAUUGAUGAGAAGUUCCAAAAUGUUAUAAAUUCCUGGAGAAGAAGCUUGGAUGAAAUGAACACAAACACUAGUGAUUUAAAAUCUGAAGUGAAGUUCAUACAUACAGAAGUAACUUCCCAAAUUAAUGAAGUUGACCAAAGAAUUAAAUCCCUUUCAGAAAAAGUAAGAGAUUUGGAAGACAGUACUGGCAGAAAUAUUAAAACAGUAAAAAGGCAAGAAGAUGAUGACUUCUCUAGAGUCGAACAAAAGUUGGACUUACAUGCAAAGGCAGUUGGAAAGCUAGAAGAAGAACAGAAUAGUCUGGUAGCCAAGGACACAGACCUGAAUCAGAAACUUGCCAACUAUGAACCUAAAAUUGAGGAGUGCAAGACCCAUUUGCCAGCAAUUGAAGAUGCUAUUCACUCUAUUCUUAGAUUAUCAAGUAAAUUGCUAAGUAUGGAGAAAAAAAUAGAGGACUUGACAACACAGCUAUAUACUGUGGAAAAUGAUAUGUUGAAAACUGUUUCUGAUGCAAUGGCAAUGCAAAAGGUUCUUGAAGGCAUACAGUACAAUGACAGCAUAUUGAAAGUGCAAAAUGAAACAGUGGUUUUAGAAGAAGUAGUGCAUGACAUGGAACUAUCUUCAAAAGCAAAAGAAUUAUCUUUAGAAAGCUCUAACUUAGAAAAUGACCAGAAUGGGGAUAAGUGAUUUUGGACUUAGGGUUUCAUUGAUGAAAGAGCACUUUAAUUUAUUCUAAAUAAUGUCAUUCCAACAUAUGUGAAGGGUAGCUGAAAUAUUGUCCUCAAUUUAAACAGGCAUUAGAUCAGACUGAAAGGCAAACUUAUAAUAAAGAGGAUAGAGAACAAGAAAUGCUGCGUUGGAAGAGGCAAGGAGUAUUUUCUUGAAUUAAAGAUUAUUUUCAUCUUAUUUAUUAAAAGAUCAUUUUUAUUAAAAUGGAAUUUGAAGUAGAGUAUUUGAA